AUGCAUUUUAGUGAGCACUUAAUCAAGUUAGCUGAACUGAAUGCGGCUAAGGCCAAAAAGCUAGCUCUAGAGAGGCGCAUCCUUCAAGCUGCUGCGCGUGGCCUAACACAUCUGUGCGUUAUUAGGGUGCCUGAAAACUAUGGGGACCUUUCUGCUUCUUCUGUAUCCGGUGCCAUAUACCAGGCCGCAUUGUCUGCUUACUCUCGUCGCGUAGACAAGACAGAGGCAGCUGUCAUGGAGGAGAUUCGGCUGCAACGGCGCUUCUCUACACCCCCGGAAACCGCUAGAAUGCAAUUGGAACCAUCAACUAGUAUGUUACCAAUCCAUAUCGAUGUGUUGCAAGUCUUGUCACUUCGACCUUUAUCCUAUUUGGUGUUUUGA